AUGGUAUCCUGGGCUCCUCACGAGUCUGGAUGUCUGCUUGCUUGUGCUUCUUCCGAUGGCCAUGUCAGUGUUCUCGAGUUCCGCGAUAACAACUGGACCCACCAGACCUUCCACGCGCACGGCAUGGGUGUGAACUCGAUCAGCUGGGCUCCGGCUGCCUUCGCCGGUAGCUUGAUUAGCUCCAACCCCGGACCUGGUCAGCAGAGGCGCUUCGUGACCGGUGGCAGCGACAACCUGAUCAAGAUCUGGGACUACAAUGCCGAGUCGAAAACCUAUAAUCUUACUCAGACCCUGGAGGGCCAUUCCGACUGGGUUCGUGACGUGGCUUGGUCGCCCAGCAUUCUGUCCAAGUCGUACAUUGCAUCGGCUUCGCAGGAUAAGACCGUUCGCAUCUGGACCUCCGAUGCUUCCAACCCAGGUCAGUGGUCCAGCCAAACGCUCGAGUUUGACACUGUUCUCUGGCGUGUUAGCUGGAGCCUCAGCGGCAACAUUCUCGCUGUCAGCGGUGGGGACAACAAGGUCAGCUUGUGGAAGGAGAACCUCAAGGGCCAGUGGGAGAAGGUCAAGGACAUCGAAGAAUAG